AUGGCUGACGCGUCUUCGCCUACUGUGUGCGCUAAAAAAAUACCCGAGAAUUUAUACGAGCUGUGCUUGACGAAUUUAGUGAACUACUUGCAUAAAUCUAAGUGCGAGAGGAAUGUGCUACGCGGACUGCCGGAUAGCAUCCUUAUGGAUGUGUAUUACAAGAUGCUGCAGGAGAGAAGGCUGUGCAUCUUAGACUCGGAGCUGUCGGAGUUGGAUGUAUUCGAAAGGCUCAUGAGAUUUGCAGGAGCACAGCUGCGUCUAUUAAAGUGCUUCCAGGCAGUUAUCGAGCAUGGAUCCAAAUUGUCAGCGGAGUUGGCAAGAAAUUAUCUUGACAUGUGUGACGCCGCCAAACGCUCGAAGGACUCAUUAAUACACCUUGGGCUUAGACUGGGUGGAUUCCUAAACGAAGCUGGAUGGUAUGCAGACGCUGAACGCGUACUGCUGCGCUGCCGCGACAUAUGCCAGUCUCAGCCACAGACCACGCACAACAAGAGAAUCACACUUGAGUGCUGUCACAGGUUAUUAAACACACAAUCAGCAUAUUGCUGCUUCCCGGCGGCUGCUGAGACUUAUUCGCUGGCGUUGAAGUUGCUCGACAUUCCCGAUGACGUCACGGCCGAGAUGCCCGAAGGACCAUUCGCUAUUGCAGACACCUGCACUAAGGCACUAACUGCUGAGGAUGAUGACGAUAACAGUGAUCGCGUGCAGUGCGAGUCGUGCGGCGGCUCGUGGGGGGUGGGCGCGUGGGCCAUGUCGGGGCUGGCGGCGCGCGUGUGCAAGGAGUUCAGCGCGCUAUUCUUCGUGCGCUGCGACUACAACGCUGCCUUCGCCUGGAGCAUGCGCGCGCUCAAGCUGCUCACGCCGCACACACCGCCUAAGAUCACGGUGGAGGUGCUCCGCGCGUGCGGCAAGGCGUGCGUGGUGAAGCGGCGCUUCGGCGCGGCCGGCGAGCUGGUGCGCCACGCCGUGGCCCUCGCGCGCCGCGCCUUCGGCCCGCGCCACCCGCGCCUCGCCGCCGCGCUGCUCGACCUGGGCUUCUACCUGCUCAACGUCGACUCCAUCGUGCACAGCGUCGCCGUCUACACGGUACGGGCCAGGCUCUCUCUCUCUCUCUCUCUCUCGCUCUCACCCCCGCGCCACCCGCGCCUCGCCGCCGCGCUGCUCGACCUGGGCUUCUACCUGCUCAACGUCGACUCCAUCGUGCACAGCGUCGCCGUCUACACGGUACGGGCCAGGCUCUCUCUCUCUCUCUCUCUCUCGCUCUCACCCCCGCGCCACCCGCGCCUCGCCGCCGCGCUGCUCGACCUGGGCUUCUACCUGCUCAACGUCGACUCCAUCGUGCACAGCGUCGCCGUCUACACGGUACGGGCCAGGCUCUCUCUCUCUCUCUCUCUCUCGCUCUCACCCCCGCGCCACCCGCGCCUCGCCGCCGCGCUGCUCGACCUGGGCUUCUACCUGCUCAACGUCGACUCCAUCGUGCACAGCGUCGCCGUCUACACGGUACGGGCCAGGCUCUCUCUCUCUCUCUCUCUCUCGCUCUCACCCCCGCGCCACCCGCGCCUCGCCGCCGCGCUGCUCGACCUGGGCUUCUACCUGCUCAACGUCGACUCCAUCGUGCACAGCGUCGCCGUCUACACGGUACGGGCCAGGCUCUCUCUCUCUCUCUCUCUCGCUCUCACCCCCGCGCCACCCGCGCCUCGCCGCCGCGCUGCUCGACCUGGGCUUCUACCUGCUCAACGUCGACUCCAUCGUGCACAGCGUCGCCGUCUACACGGUACGGGCCAGGCUCUCUCUCUCUCUCUCUCUCUCUCGCUCUCACCCCCGCGCCACCCGCGCCUCGCCGCCGCGCUGCUCGACCUGGGCUUCUACCUGCUCAACGUCGACUCCAUCGUGCACAGCGUCGCCGUCUACACGGUACGGGCCAGGCUCUCUCUCUCUCUCUCUCUCGCUCUCACCCCCGCGCCACCCGCGCCUCGCCGCCGCGCUGCUCGACCUGGGCUUCUACCUGCUCAACGUCGACUCCAUCGUGCACAGCGUCGCCGUCUACACGGUACGGGCCAGGCUCUCUCUCUCUCUCUCUCUCGCUCUCACCCCCGCGCCACCCGCGCCUCGUCGCCGCGCUGCUCGACCUGGGCUUCUACCUGCUCAACGUCGACUCCAUCGUGCACAGCGUCGCCGUCUACACGGUACGGGCCAGGCUCUCUCUCUCUCUCUCUCUCGCUCUCACCCCCGCGCCACCCGCGCCUCGCCGCCGCGCUGCUCGACCUGGGCUUCUACCUGCUCAACGUCGACUCCAUCGUGCACAGCGUCGCCGUCUACACGGUACGGGCCAGGCUCUCUCUCUCUCUCUCUCUCGCUCUCACCCCGCGCCACCCGCGCCUCGCCGCCGCGCUGCUCGACCUGGGCUUCUACCUGCUCAACGUCGACUCCAUCGUGCACAGCGUCGCCGUCUACACGGAGGCGUUGAAAAUCCUCACCCAGGUGUUCGGUUCUAGCAACCUUCACGUGGCCACGGCGCAGGAGGACCUGGCCUACGCACUCUACGUGCUGGAGUACUCUUCAGGCAGGUUCUACAUGGCCAAGGACCACGCUGAGCGGGCCAUUAGAAUUAUUGAGAACUUAGUUCCUCCUGAUCACUUGCUGCUCGCAUCUGCGAAACGUGUAAAGGCGCUCAUCCUAGAGGAGAUAGCGCUCGACACUCCUGCGGGACAAGACAUGAACACACCGAGUCUGCUGGAGGAGUCGGAGGCGCUGCACAAGGCGGCGCUGGCGCUGUCCAUGAUGGCCUUCGGGGAGAAGAACGUGCAGACCGCCAAGCACUACGGGAACCUGGGCCGGCUCUACCAGAGCAUGCAGAAAUUCCAGGACGCGGAGACUAUGCACCUGAAGGCCAUCGCGAUAAAGGAGGAGCUGCUCGGGCCCGAGGACUACGAAGUGGGGCUUAGCAUCGGACACCUCGCCUCGCUCUACAACUAUCACAUGAACAUGCACUGCGCCGCAGAGAAACUCUACCUCAGAUCUAUCUCCAUCAGUUUGAAGCUAUUCGGCGAGCGCUAUUCAGGAUUGGAGUACGACUACCGCGGCCUGGUGCAUGUGUUCACUCAGCUCAAGCGGACCGACCGCGCCAACCACUACAACAGGCUGCUGCAGCACUGGCAAGAACUAAGGGAACAGUCGAAGGCGGAGCAGCAACCCGCCCUGGGCGACGAACAGAUCAUCCCGCUGGCGGAGCUGCACGCCAAGUUCUUCGGGCCCAACGACUGA